AACUCAUCAACUGUCUAAACUGAUGUAAUUUGUCAUGUGUUUUUGUGUUUUUGGUAAACUUCUGAAUAUCUAGCCGAAAAAUGUCGAAAUUACGUCCUAUAUUGAAUCUAUCCUACUGUCGAUAUUACAGUGUAAAGCAGGCCAAGAAGAAAUUACCUAUCAUAACGUGCAAACGGCCAGAAUUUAAUCAUUAUGAAGGUCAGAGUUACAGUAAGUUUGAAGGGAUUCCUCUGGCCUCUAAAGGUUGGAUGAGUAAAAAAUCCAAGAACGAUUACUUUAUAAUCUACGGAAAUGCCAAUAAGAAGGAAGAAAAGCCGGUUUACAAGAAGAGUUUCGAAGAAAUCGGUGUUUCUCCUGCUUUGAUUGAGGUUAUGUCGGAGCAAGGAUUUUCUUUGCCGACUGCAAUUCAAACUAAGGCAAUCCCUUCUAUAUUGAGUGGUGCCAACACAGUGGUGACUGCGGAGACUGGUUGUGGGAAGACGUUGGCGUAUUUGUUGCCAAUAUUUCAACAUAUCUUGGAAUGGAAACCGAGUAUUAAAGAAGAGUUUAACAGUCCUCUAGCUGUUGUUAUAACUCCGAGCAGAGAGUUAGCUACGCAAGUUGGAGAGGUAGCCCAAAACAUGGCUCAAAGAUUAAACCUUAAUGUGACCACUCUCGUAGGAGGUCGUACAAAACAGAAGAUGUUGAACCCACCAAUAGAGUACUGUGAUAUUCUAGUCACUACCUUAGGUGCAUACAGUAAACUGGUUACAACCGGUAUUUUCAAGAUUAAUAAUGUCCAUCAUUUAGUCCUUGAUGAGGCGGAUACCUUGUUAGAUGAUAGUUUCAUUGACAAAGUUUCACAUUUAUUGAAGAAGUUUCCGAUUCAGCAAAAAGUUCAGAUCCAGACACCACCUGUUGGAUGUCAGAUAACACUAGUGAGUGCAACCAUGCCUCAUGAGUUGCCAACUGCAGUGAACUCCUUUGUGGACCCAGAGUCCUUGAAGACAGUUACAACGAGCAAUAUACAUAGGAUACUGCCACAUGUUCCACACAAAUUUAUUCGUCUCGGCAAAGCCCAGAAACCUAUAGAACUACUCCGCUUAGUCCAAGCAGAUAUGAAUCAAAAUCGUCCCGUAAUGAUAUUCUCCAACCAGACCUCCACUUGCGAUUUUGUAUCGAUGUUUCUGAACGAGAAUAAUAUCGAAUGUGUCAAUAUAAAUGGAAAGAUGGCGGUCGCUUUAAAAAUGGGCAAAUUUGAACUGUAUAAGAGUGGGAAGGUCAAUGCCCUGUCUUGUACGGAUAUUGCUUCGAGAGGAUUGGAUACUUUAAGGACACAACACAUAAUCAAUUAUGACUUUCCGUUGUACACCGCUGACUACAUACACCGCUGCGGACGUACGGGCCGUAUUGGAUCUCCCAAAGAUUGUCUCAUAACAAACUUCGUUGCGUGGCCCAGAGAAAUAGAACAAGUUCAGAAGAUAGAACUGUCUGUCAGAAAACACAGUGAAUUACCAAGCGUUAAUGCUAAUAUCAGACGUAUUAUUGAAGAUAGAGUUAUUAAGAUGGCUGGAGUUUUGUAAAUGUUUUACAGCACUUUUGUAUGGUAGCAGCCCACCUCAGUUUCAUUUGUAUGUUUGUCGACGAUCCCCGCG